UCCAGAUCCCUUCGCAUGGUGGGCCCAGGUCCUGUUGCGUGGUGGUCUUGGAUCCCUCUUGAUCCCUUUUUUGUGGUGGGCCCAGCUCUCUCUGGAUUCAUUGGCGUGGUGGGCCCGGCUCCAGUUGGGUGGGCAUCUUGGAUCCCUCAGGAUCCAUUGGCAUGGUGGGUCCAGAUCCCAUGGGGUGGUGGCUCUUGGUUCUUCUGGAUCCCUUUGCAUGGGGUCCCCUUGGGACCCCAUCAGAUACUUCCAGGUGGUGGCUCUGGAUCCUUCUGGAUUUCUCUGCGUAGAGGCCCCUGAGUCCCCUGGAUCCCCUCGCAGUGGCCCCAAAUCCCCCUGGAUCCUUUCAACAGCAGUCCAGGAUCUCCUGGUGCAUCUGGGUGCCCGCACAGCAGCCCCAGAGCCCUCUGUCAUGGCACAGGGGGAGCAGAGGCAGCGGCUGGGACUGUGCCCCACAUCACGGUCUGCUGCGUGGCCAACCCGCACAGCAGGGAGCUGGCAAAGCAGGAGGUUCUGAGACUUGUCCCGAUUUUUCUAGGGCUGGUUUGUGUCUUCCUGCUUCUGAAUAUCUGCCUUCCGAGGUUACCAGCCCGAGGGCAGAGCUGGGGGGGCUGUGGCGUGCACCUUAGGCCGGGUGGUGAACUAGGGCAGCCACUGGAAAACUGAAAUGGAGGUGGUUCACUCACAGCCUGGCUGAUAGCUGGUACCUGCUGGGCUGUGGUGCUGCUCUUGCAAAGGGGAUGCAACCUUUGGGGCUGGGACCUGGGGCCCCUGUUACUUUACUCACGAAAUCUCACUUGCGAGGACCUUUGCUCUCACAAUAUUUUUUAUAUUAACUCGCAUUACCUACGUGCUGUUUUUCUGCAUCACUGAAAGGUAACGUUAGAGUCGAAGCUAGCACUCCUUCAUAUUGUUAGCAGAGAGGAGUGCCAGGCCUUCUCUUUUGCAAGUUUGAGUCAAUCUUUGUGGCUUUUUCAUACAGAGGAUGCUUUCCUCAUCCUAGCAACUUCUCCAUCAGCAGAGAGAAACAUGACUAAGCCCAAAGGUCCUAAAGACCUUCCUGCUACCCCAGUGCUGCCUGCAGGAGAGAAUCAUUUCUUUCGUUGUUUUACCCAGCACUGACUAACGGUGGUGGAGCAGUCGGUUUGCCAACCCUUCCUUUGUUGGGUGCUGGGUGGGGUGAGCAGCUAUCUUCGUUUUUGUAGUUCCGAGGGAAGCAACCAAAAUAAGACAUACGUGGACCAACCACAUAACAGUGUGUUUUCUAUCUACUGACUUCAAUAUUUCAAUAUUCUGUAUUUCUAGCUGUCUGUUGUCUUCAAGAAAUUUGCAAAUUUGACAGCUUUAUGCUCGUUAUCUGCGUAAAGGAAAUAUAUAUUUUCUAUAAAAGAAAGUACACAAAGCAAACUCAGUCCCUGGAGGCCGAAGUUCUCAGUUUAUUGAUAGCUUCAGCAUAUGCAGCUUAAUAGCACUGUCCUCGCUCUUUGUGUUUUCCCCUAUGUUCUUGUCGGUGCCUUUGACUUCAUCUACACGGUCUACAGAGCUCCAGUUGCUCUACGUGCUGCAGAACAUUCUUGUGGCUGCUAACGAAGGCUGAGGAUGGGUGUACUUUGGAUCUGAGCUGAGAUUAUCUCUCCUUGCUCCUUUAUACUCUCAUUUUAACUCUAACAUUGUGAUGACCUUAAUUCAUAGAUACGGUUCUUCCUAGAAAGAUCAGUACAUCCAGUGCCCAGUGGGCAUGAGUGCUCUCUCUCUCUCUCAUGCCCCCACACUGCUGCUGCUGUAAGGGUUUUACUUCUUUUGCUUAGUCUCUAUCCAAAUUUGCUUUUUCGUACGGAAACCCCAAAAUGACAAACCUGCCAAGUGACACAGGCAAUUACUGUGUGUUUGUGGGAGAAGGUUCUUUCCAGGAAAUGACAGCUUGGGAAGCCUCAAAGUGGCCCUACUUCCUCUGUGUGUUAAUGACAAGUAUGCUGGUGAGUGUAAUAGGGCAGCACUUGGUUGCCAUCCAAACACUUGUGGGUACGGAGUGUUUUGGCCUUGGCUGUAACUUCAGGGAACUCAAAAUGCCGGAUUGCAAAACGUGCCAACAGCCUCUGCAAGGGCUUCCUUUGCAUUUGAUUGCUCAUCCUCAGCAAACCUGGGGACUACUCGGUGAGCUGCAACGCGUGGCUUUUGUCAGGGUUGGGCUGCAAGGGGUUUUGCUCAGAACUGGUCCCUGGGUUAUGCCCCGUGCCACUCACGGUGUUGUGUCUGCAUGGCCAGCGGAGCACUGUGCCUUUUAUCUGUUGCACAAAGCAUCUCGGUCUUGUUUUGGGGAAUGGUUUGUCUAACCCAUGCCAUGAACUCAUUUUGACUUCUAAAUGUCGCACAGCAGGUCAAACGAGGUAAUUUCCUUUUCCUGUCUGAUUCUGGAUGCCAUGAAGUUUUUUAAAUGUGUCAACAGACUUGAAAGGCCUCUCCUUCAAAUUACUUUGAGCGUCACCAUUCCCCCCUCCCAUGUUUCUCUUGAUUCCAUGAUCCCUGCAUUGCAGAAGUGGCUCAGUCUCAGCAGAGGCUUCUCUGCUGUUGCUGUGUCAUCAGCUGCCUCUGUAGGAGGACAUCUGACUGCUCUUAUUUUCUCUAAUCGUGUAUCACGGCAUUUUUCCCCAGCUGUGGCCAAUUCUAAGCCAAGUGAUGAUGCUUUGAUCAUGCUUCCUCUUCCCUGAGUCUUCGCUCACUCUGUCCAUAACCAGCUUCAGUCUCAUUCUUAGCAAGAAACGUCCAGGGUUUUCAUCUGAAUUGUGCUUGCACUGAUACUGACCACUUCUUCAGAAUUCUCAGGGAAAAAAAGCUGAGUUUUGCAGCGUGCUGCAUGGCGACAUCCUUCCGUUGAGGUCCAUUCAUGCUGACAGGAGCUCACAGCUCUGUGCGGGGUGUGAUUAGUAAUUCCACCUGCCAGCCCAUUGUUCGUGAAUCAUCAGAUGCUGUGCCAGCAGCUUCGUAAUGGCUGCAUUAAACCACCAACAGCUGAUGCUCUGUGAAAAUAUAAUCUCGGUUCUGCAGCCAUAGAGGUGCAAAUUGGGUGGAUUCUCAGAAUUUACUGUUCCCAACAGUAACAUUCCGUAGAAAAAGUAAUUAUUCCAAAAUGAUGCAUCUUAGAGAUGAUAAAAGAGCAAGGAGACAAAGUCAGGGUUGUUUAAGUACCAUCACUCUACGUACUUUAAUUCUCUCGGAGAAGGAUAAACCCUAUGUAGAUAUCCAGGGACUGACAGCUUCCACCAUGGAAAUCCUGCUAGAUUUUGUGUAUACAGAAACUGUUCACGUGACAGUAGAAAAUGUCCAAGAACUGCUCCCAGCAGCAUGCCUGCUUCAGCUAAAAGGUGUGAAACAAGCUUGCUGUGAGUUUCUAGAAAGCCAGCUGGAUCCAUCAAAUUGUUUGGGCAUUCGGGAUUUUGCUGAGACACACAAUUGUGUUGAUCUAAUGCAAGCUGCAGAGGUCUUCAGCCAGAAACAUUUUCCAGAGGUGGUUCAGCAUGAAGAGUUUAUCCUCUUAAAUCAAGAAGAGGUUGAAAAGCUCAUCAAGUGUGAUGAAAUUCAGGUGGACUCCGAAGAGCCUGUUUUUGAGGCAGUUAUAAACUGGGUGAAGCACUCAAAAAAAGAACGGGAAGCAUCGCUGCCGGAGCUGCUGCAGUAUGUGCGCAUGCCGCUUCUCACCCCCCGCUACAUCACCGAUGUCAUCGACACCGAGCCUUUUAUCCGAUGCAGUCUGCAGUGCAGAGACCUCGUCGAUGAAGCUAAGAAAUUUCAUCUUCGGCCUGAGCUCCGCAGUCAGAUGCAGGGACCCAGGACAAGAGCACGUCUAGGAGCUAAUGAAGUCCUGCUUGUGAUCGGCGGCUUUGGCAGCCAGCAGUCACCUAUUGAUGUUGUGGAGAAAUACGACCCGAAGACUCAGGAGUGGAGUUUCUUGCCCAGCAUUACCCGUAAGAGGCGCUACGUUGCUACGGUGUCCCUGCACGAUCGGAUCUACGUGAUCGGGGGGUACGACGGCCGCUCGCGCCUCAGCUCUGUGGAGUGCUUGGAUUAUACGUCAGACGAGGAUGGAAUCUGGUACUCUGUAGCUCCGAUGAACGUGCGGCGAGGCCUAGCAGGAGCCACGACCCUGGGAGACAUGAUCUACGUUUCCGGUGGGUUCGAUGGAAGCCGACGUCACACCAGCAUGGAGCGAUACGACCCCAACAUCGAUCAGUGGAGUAUGCUGGGAGACAUGCAGACAGCACGGGAAGGAGCGGGGCUCGUCGUAGCGAACGGAGUUAUCUAUUGCCUCGGUGGCUAUGACGGGCUGAACAUUCUGAAUUCUGUCGAGAGGUACGAUCCCCACACUGGACACUGGACAAAUGUCACACCAAUGGCCACCAAGCGCUCAGGGGCUGGAGUGGCUCUGCUGAAUGACCAUAUUUAUGUAGUUGGUGGGUUCGAUGGGACAGCACAUCUCUCUUCCGUGGAAGCCUACAACAUUCGCACUGAUUCCUGGACAACUGUAACAAGCAUGACAACUCCCCGCUGCUACGUCGGGGCCACGGUGCUGCGGGGAAGGCUGUAUGCAAUCGCUGGGUACGAUGGCAACUCCCUGCUGAGCAGCAUUGAGUGCUACGAUCCCAUCAUCGACAACUGGGAGGUGGUGACCUCCCUGGGGAUGCAGCGGUGUGAUGCUGGAGUCUGUGUCCUUCGGGAGAAGUGAUGCGGAGGGCGCUUACAAAGAAGAACACCCUAAAAAGUCUCUGCUGGAAGAAGAGUCCCAAGUGAUUUGCAGUGACUGUUUCUGAGAGGUGUGGAUGCUGUGGAAGUAGGCACCAGAACAGCAGCUUUCUGUGCUGCUUUGACUAGAGCAUGUGCAUAAACGUGUUAUCUCAGCAGUCAUUUGAAAUCGGGGGCUCUGCGUGAAGCUGGAGAGAGGUGGUGAAGUGGAUCAGGAGAAGCUGCAUUCUCUGCUGUUCCUGUGGCUAAUUCUAUCAGCAGAGCCGGGGUGCCCCCAGAAUUGGCAUCAGCCAACGUGGUGAAAAUCCAAGGACAUCUACACACAACUGGGGGUAUCUUCAGCCACUGCAGGACCGUGCGGGUCCUCUGGUUGCUCUCAGCAACAUGGACGCGUGCGGGUGGAAUCCAGCUGCUCUUAUGUUCCAGCUUCAAAUCAUCUUGUACAUACUGAAUGUUUUUAAUUUGCUCCUCAAGCACGUAUCUGUGCAGAGCCAAAUUGAGUGAGCAUGUGUAAGGGGGUCCUGCACUGGAGCUGCAUCCGCAGGUUCCUCCCGGGUCUGCACACAAGGAGUCGCAGAUUAAAGCUGUCAACUACUGAGACCCAAAAGCCUGAGGCUGCUGGGGGCAAAGGGCAGGGGGGAGAAACUCACUGCCUAGCGUGGAGGCGGAUCUGCAGCACUUGUGCUCCAAUCACGGGACUCACCGAGGUUCACCACAUCACAUUUCCCUUGAGAAGCUUGACAGAUCCAGCUGCAAAAAGCUGCAUUUUCUGGCAGCAGGAGCCUUGCUGUGACAGGCAGUGCCUUUGCUCCUACCCCUGCAGGGAGGUCACCUCACAGAGGCUGAGGCCCUGAGCGUAGGGACGCAAUUGCUACUGUCUAUGUCGACCUUGCUGGCGAGUGACUGCGGUUCUUCCCUGGACAGGUGUCUGUCCAGCACACCCACGUCAGCCUUGUAGUCGAGUUCAUUGUGUUGAUUUUCCUUUUCUCCAGGAUUUUUCUGCUUCCAGGCGCGGUUUGGAGUGACACCCAGGGUUCCGUUUUGCCCCUGUGUUCUCAGCUCUCCCCUGCCUCUUAACUCCACAUCCUCUUACACCAGCUGUUCUUUGCCUGCCCCACAAGCCCCAGGUGAGCGUUUCACCACUGGCUCCCUGGGGCACUCUCCCCAGCAUGUCUCCUGCCUUGCUGUGUUUCUGGCAGCGCGGGCUUUCCUCUGCCGUCAGCUUGGCCCCCGCAGUGCCUGGGCUCUGUGUAGUGCUGCUCGUCGAGCUUACUGCUGACUCCUUGCUUAGGGGACAGGGUGGGAUCAGGGAUGUGGUAGCAUGACUUAAUUAUGCACUUUCAGCCAACGCUCUGACCUUCUGCGUUUGUUUCUAUUACACAAGUGUUCUGUGGUUUUGUUUCCUAUGUUUAUUUUUUAAUGAAAACAUAAAGAAUAAAAUAUUUCCUGAGCCAG